GCGGGUAAGAACAGGAGGCCGAGGUGAAUGCAUCGAUUGACUCGUUUUGGAACUCAGCUCAGCUCGACCGAGUCACGACGGUUCAUCGUAACAGCCACCGUCAAACCGCAUCUCCGGCGUCCUAAUCGUGCCCUAACCUUAAAACCACACCGCCAUUUUUCAGCUCCACUCAAUUUCGGAAUUUUCUUUUCCAAAAUCUCUGACCGUCCUCGGCGUCGUCCCCGUUUGCCCCAGGCGAUGGACCCGGUUCCUCCGGAAUCUGAUUCCCCUGCCGUGGAAGAUUUUGUCCACAUCGAAGACCCUAACAUCGAGAGUUUGUGUGAAAGUAUUAUUACUACUACUGAUGAACAGAUUAACGAUGAGGCGGCCUCUGUGAUUUCGCCUGAGGCCGACGAGGGUUUGGCGGAGCAGAGGAGGGUACUUCCGGAGGAGCUUUCUAGAAGCGUCGUGGUAUUGACUUGCGAGACUACUGGUGAAGGUGGCAUUUGUGAUGUAUACCUAGUUGGAACGGCACACGUUUCUCAAGAAUCGUGUAGAGAAGUUCAAGCUGUAAUCAAUUAUUUGAAACCUCAGGUCGUCUUCUUGGAGCUAUGCUCAAGCCGAGUGGCCGUCCUCACACCUCAGAAUUUGAAGGUUCCAACUAUGGGAGAAAUGGUUGAAAUGUGGAAGAAAAAGCAUAACAUCUUUGGUAUACUUUACAGUUGGUUUCUUGCGAAGGUAGCCAACAAACUUGAAGUUUUCCCUGGUUCUGAGUUUCGUGUAGCCUAUGAAGAAGCAAUGAAGUAUGGUGGUAAGGUAAUUCUUGGUGAUCGUCCAGUACAGAUUACAAUAAGGAGAGCAUGGGCGAAAAUGCCACUUUGGCAUAAGAUAAAAUUGCUUUACUCCUUCGUUUUUCAAGCAUUCUUUUUGCCGAGCCCUGAGGAAUUAACCAAAAUGUUGAAGGAUAUGGACGAUGUUGACAUGCUCACACUCAUUAUUCAAGAAAUGAGCAAGGAAUUUCCCACACUAAUGGACACUCUCGUGCAUGAGCGAGAUCAGUAUAUGUCGACUACGUUAAUAAGAGUAGCCAAGGAGCAUCAUUCAGUCGUUGCAGUUGUGGGGAAAGGUCAUCUGAAUGGAAUUAAGAAGAAUUGGCAGCAGUCUGUUACUCUUGAGGAUCUUUUGGAAAUGCCUCCGCAAAAACGAGUCCCUGUCUUGAAGAUCUUUACAUCAAUAGGUGUUGCAGUUGCUGGAGUUGCCAUCAUAUCAGGCGUUUACCUUGCGUGCAAAAAAUAACAUCAUUGAACUUGCAAUGUCCCAAGUGAGAGAGUCCUAAUCUGCUGCAAAGAAUGCCUGAUCAUCAAAUUUGCAGUUUAUACAAUCAGUUACACCAUUGAAUUAGAUUGUGCAUUUGAGACGAGUCCUUGAUUGAGGUUUUGCUUUCACAGAAUGAGUUAACCACAAAUUUUUUCUCAUUAUUUUUUUGCCUUUUCUAGGUGGCCAUUCUAGCAAACUUGGAAUCAUCACAAUGAUGGGAAGUUUACUAUUAGAAUAAAGUUACAAUGAUUUGAAAA